AUGUCUGUUCGGCGCAUCCUCGUCGUCGGCCUCGGCAACCCCGGCGAAGCCUACCGCAACACCUACCACUCAGCCGGCAACAUCGUCCUCAACGCUCUACGAAACCAGAUGGCUGGUACGCAGCCUUCCUUCAAGGUAGCGCGGCAUGGAAAGAAGAGCACAGAAGCCUCCAUCGGGCCAAAAUAUUCGUUUCUGCAAAGUCCCUGUGUUAUGAAUGUGACUGGGACAUGGUUCGCAAGGGCUUACAGGGAGCACCUUAUUGACAAUGGGCUCAGUCCAGCUGAGUUGGGAGUUGUACUGGUGCAUGAUGACCUGGAGGAGGAGCUGGGUGUAGUGAAGAUUAGGGAUUGGGCGCGGAGUCAUAGGGGGCAUAACGGCAUCAAGAGCGUGAACGCCUCGUUAAAGGCUCAUCCAGAAGGGAAGUGGGCUAGGGUUUCGAUCGGUAUUGGGAGGCCGGUGGAGAGGGAGAGGGCGUCGGUUUCGGAUUAUGUGCUGAGCAAGAUCCCAAGGCAUGCUAGAGGGAUUCUGGAGGAGAAGGGAGGUUCUGGGCUGUUGGCUGCGUUGAUGGAUUUGGAGAGGAAAUGGGAGGCUUCAUGA